GCCAGCAAGACUCCAGGACAGGCACAGACCAGGUGAGCAGCAAGGGGUCCUGGCUGCCCGAGUGUGGAGUCCCAGCGAGCCCUCUUCCCUCCAGCCGCCCCAGCAUGGACACGGUGGAUGGCAUCAUGGAGAAGCUACGGGCGCAGUGCCUGUCACGAGGGGCCUCAGGCAUCCAGGGCCUGGCCAGGUUUUUCCGCCGCCUGGACAAGGACGGGAGCCGGUCCCUGGAUGCCGGGGAGCUCCGGCGGGGCCUGGCUGAGCGGGGCCUGGCGCUGGAUGCAGCCGAGGCGGACGCUGUGUGCCAGCGCUGGGACCGAGAUGGCAGCGGGACCCUAGACCUGGAGGAGUUUCUGCGUGCGCUGCGGCCCCCCAUGUCCCAGGCCCGUAAAGCAGUCAUCGCUGCUGCCUUCGCCAAGCUGGACCGCAGCGGGGAUGGCGUGGUCACAGUGGAGGACCUCCGCGGGGUGUACAGUGGCCGGGCUCACCCCAAGGUGCGGAGUGGGGAAUGGACAGAGGACGAGGCCCUCCGCCACUUCCUGGACACCUUUGAGGCCUCUGACAAGGAUGGACAGGUCACACUGGAAGAGUUCCAGGACCACUACAGCGGCCUCAGCGCCGCCAUGGACACCGACGAGGAGUUUGUGGCCAUGAUGACGAACGCCUGGAGGCUGUGAGCAGCCCAGU